AUGCCUUCGUCUGCAGCGGGGGGGAAGAGGCGGAGCUACUGCAGCCCAGUCACGUGGCACAGCUCGGACCAAUCAGCGCGCACUUUCCUAACAGAGAUUUGUAAGAUGGCUACCGCCGAACCGGAAACCAAUCCGAGUCCGCCCCACGCCGAGGAAGAUGGAGCCGAGGAUUCUGGGAAGGAGAUGGUGAGCCCAGAGGCCUACGUCAAACAUCCGCUGCAGAACAGAUGGUCUCUGUGGUUCUUCAAGAACGACAAGAGCAAAACAUGGCAGGCCAACCUGCGCCUCAUCUCCAAGUUUGACACGGUGGAAGAUUUUUGGGCCCUCUACAACCACAUCCAGCUGUCCAGCAACCUCAUGUCCGGCUGCGACUACUCCCUGUUCAAGGACGGCAUCGAGCCCAUGUGGGAGGACGAGCGGAACAAGCGUGGCGGACGCUGGCUGAUCACGCUCACCAAGCAGCAGCGGAGAUCAGACCUGGACCGCUUCUGGCUGGAGACGCUGCUGUGUUUAGUCGGAGAGGCUUUUGACGACUACAGCGACGACGUCUGUGGAGCCGUCGUCAACAUUCGCAACAAAGGGGAUAAAAUCGCCGUGUGGACCUCUGACUACGAGAACCGGGAGGCUGUGACACACAUAGGGAGGGUUUACAAGGAGCGGCUGGGGCUCCCCAUGAAGAUGACGAUCGGCUACCAGUCUCACGCCGACACGGCCACCAAGAGCGGCUCCACCACCAAGAACAAAUUCGUAGUCUGAGAAAAAUGCCUCAUGUGCCUCUUUUCAUUUUCCUUGUCUUAUUUGUUGGUGUUUACUUUGCUACAAAGACUCUGCGAAACGCAAUCUGGAGGAGGAGAAGGGAAGUCCAACCUACACGCCAAAAUAACCAGAACCGGCCCGUCUGCGGCGGCCAUGACACUAACAGAGAGGCAUCGAGAGACGCAGAGCUGCACUCUGAUCAGUUAAUCCUUUGAUUUUUAAACGUGUUUUGUGUUGAAUGGCAGGGAAUCCUGAACGCGUUCUGGCCUCUGGUUGCUGUAAUCCUUAAUGACAUUAAAACACAUUUAAUUUAU